GAUAAAGUUUGAGGGAAAAAUCCGCUCCAAAGCUCUGAUAGAACUUGCCACCGUGUAAAACGAAACGUUGCGUCACUGGACUUUGUACUGUUAUGUGAAAGCUGUGCCACACAUUUUCACACCACUGGCGUUCACCGCGAAGCAUCGGCGUGUCUCCGCUCAAGCUCAAGACGGGUCAUUUCGAGUGGCUCCCUUACACUCACACCUCACGCUCUUUGCCCUCUCUGGCCGCCAUGCUGUGGAGCGCUCGAGACGCUCUACGUGUGCUGCGCCCCAGUCUCGCGCGCGUGCUUCGGUCUGUCACGCGGCAGAGAAAAAUGUCUUCUUCCCGCUCAAGCUCCCCCGGACUCCCCGUCACCGUGCUGGGAACGAUGGCGUUCGGGGGUCGCGCGGACGCGGAGGCGAGCGAGCGCAUGGUUCGCGCGUUCCUGCAGCGCGGCCACAGCGAGUUGGACACCGCGUUCAUGUACACAGAAGGGCGUUCGGAAAGCCUCAUUGGCGGGAUGGGGCUCCCGGGCACGGUGAGGAUCGCUACCAAAGCGAACCCCUGGGAUGGGAAGACCCUGCGGCCCGACAGCGUACGCUCCCAGCUGGACACCUCCCUGGAGAGACUGCACACGCAGUGUGUGGACAUCUUCUACCUCCAUGCCCCGGACCAUGAGAAUCCCGUGGAGGACACGCUGCACGCCUGCGACCAGCUCUACAAGGAGGGUAAAUUCAAGAUGCUUGGCCUGUCGAACUAUGCCUCGUGGGAAGUGGCUGAAAUCUGCUGCAUCUGUAAACACAAAGGCUGGGUUCUUCCCACGAUUUACCAGGGCAUGUACAACGCAACUACUCGUCAGGUGGAGACCGAGCUCUUUCCCUGUCUCAGACACUACGGCAUCCGAUUUUACGCCUACAACCCCCUGGCCGGGGGGCUACUCACUGCUAAGUACCAAUAUGAGGACAAGGAGGGUGCCAAGCCUGAAGGACGCUUCUUUGGCAAUGCGUGGGCGAACACCUACAGAGACAGGUACUGGAAGGAAAGUCACUUCCAGGCGAUAGAUAUUGUUCAGAAGGCCCUUGAAGCUGCAUACGGUUCCCAGAAGCCCACCAUGACUUCUGCUGCCAUUCGCUGGAUGUACCACCACUCCCAGCUUCAGGGAGAUCGUGGUGACGGGGUCAUCAUUGGCAUGUCCAACAUGGAGCAGCUGCAGGAAAAUCUGACUGCUGCCAAGGAAGGUCCUCUGAAGCCAGAGGUGGUGGAGGCCUUCAAACAGGCCUGGGACCUGGUGUCCCAUGAGUGCCCUAACUACUUCCGGUAGGAAGUGCACCGCACAAAGAUGCAAGACCGGGAAAAUCGGGACCGGAUGUGGUCCACGCGGAGACGUAAAAUGAUCUUGUAUGUGCGCUGGCUGUGGCAAACGGGAGCUAAGGUCGGUCCUACGAAGACAGUCAUCAGUUUUCAGAAGAUACAAACAUAAGGCACAAUUUAAAAAAUUCACACAAUGGAAUCAUACCCUUAGUUCAAAUACAUUUACCUCUGUUUAACAAAAUGGUCUUUAUUUAGAAUCUGCAGAUUUCACUGAAUAAUUCCAUCAUAAAAUUUGAAUUACUAAUUUUGUUUAAAUGUUAAUGUCUGCUUAUUUUUUAUAAGCAUUUGAUGACUUGCAUCUGAAAGCUUUCUUGUUGGAAUAAAUUUAACUCAAGACUCAAAA